CCAUUUUUUGAGCACGCGAUUUUUCGUUGUUCUGUUACGUGCAGACUGCCAACCUGUUUAAGCAGGUUCAUAGUAUACGAAACAGGCGGCAACAGAAGGCUGCCGAUAAAAGUUUAGCUGUAGAAGAAUGAGUGACAGUAGUUAACAAUUCCAGGGCUUUAGCAAUACGUAGUGUUAUUAUAGGAAGAAGACUAACGAACCUUGUCGUUUAAUUGGCGUCUCAAAGAGUUGAGCGUAGUGAUUGAUGAUUGCUUUGGAAUUAUCUCAGACUUCAAACUACUAGUACUUAAUUAACUACUAAUACAAAUAUAAACUCCGUAUUCGCGAAAAUUGCGGCAUAAAACUUAUCGCAGUAAAUGCAGAGUAACUUGCAAUGAGGUUUCUUCUACACUCUGUUCUACUGUCCGUGGCAACCUGCCAGUUGUCUUCAAAGAGUAGGGAAGUGAAUCCUGCAAAACCUGGCGAGGAAAGCGUCUUUGAUCGCGGUCUCGUUACCGAAAAGGUCACUUGGAAGAGUAUAGUCAAGUACCGGAACGCUUAUAGCACUUCUCUUGCACAACACAGGAAUUUCUCUGGUGAUGUGCUUGCUUAUGUUACGCCGUGGAACAACCAUGGUUAUGACGUGGCCAAAACGUUUGGUUCUAAAUUCACGCAAAUAUCACCAGUGUGGCUUCAGCUAAGAUAUGAUUCUAGCUCAGCAUUUGUAAUAUCCGGACGACAUGACAUCGAUAGCGGAUGGAUUCGCGAUGUACGCGAUACCGGAGCAAAAAUGCUGCCCCGAGUUUUAUUUGAGGGUUGGACUCCGCAGCAGAUCAGAGAUCUUUCCAUGUCAAGUGGAAAGCUUGUCACCCUGGGAAAGGUGCUUACUAAAUUCGCACGCGAAAACAACUUUGACGGCUAUGUCUUCGAACUCUGGUCUCAUUACAGUUAUGGAGGAAGGUUAACUGACGUGCUCAUCGCAAUUAUUCGCGGCUUGUAUUCAUCGCUUCAAAAUGAUAGCCUUUCCUUGGUACUAGUUAUUCCUCCUCCCCUGUAUGAUGAUAUACCGGGAAUGUUUUCUCGUGAUCAUUUCGAUAAUUUAAAGGACCACGUUACAUCUUUCUCACUGAUGACCUACGAUUACUCAAAUCCACAGAGACCGGGUCCAAACGCCCCGCUGAGUUGGAUGCGUCAAUGCGUCGAGCAUUUGGUGCCAGGAAGCAUUUCUGAAGAUCAAAACGUUGCUAAAUACCGUGGCAAAAUCCUCUUAGGGCUCAAUUUUUACGGGUAUGAUUACACAGCCCAAGGAGCGAGUUCGGCAAUCCUCGGCAAUCACUUUGCUGAGAUGCUGCAGAAGUUCAAGCCAAAAAUCAGUUGGAGUGACCAAUUCGCCGAGCACUACGUUCAGAUUCGAGGUUCUGAAGGACACCACAUGGUGUUCUUCCCAACCCUGAAAUCCAUAUCUUCGAGGAUUGAUUUGGCGACCAAACUUGGCACUGGAUUGUCGAUCUGGGAGAUUGGUCAAGGCAUGGACUAUUUCUAUGAUCUCCUAUAGAAGCGUCUCUGUUUCUAUUUAACUCAAAUGUAAUUACUAUAUCAUUAAUUUGUGAAGUUUUAAUAAAAGUUUACUCUGUAUAUAGGUGAAAGAAUGUCGGUAUAUUAGUAAAUCUGGUAUUUAAAGAUUGGAACGCACUUCUCAGUGAGUGAACAGCACAUACGUGUUGAAGAAGCUAUAAUUUUUGCAACAUCAAACUACAAUAUAAAACGCUGAACAAUAAAAAAAAAUCGCUACAUGAAAGCAAACACUGCUUCGUUCU